UUUUUUUUCGAUCCCCUUACUUGAAUUCCGCUACUGAUCAGAACCAUUUAAGAUGUGAUCCCCAACUGAAAGGACUACACAGCUUUGAUUUACACACAUGAUGCCUGCCAAAAACUGCCCUAUAUUUCAUAUUUUCUGCAGCAUUCUCUUUGCUGCAAUUACCUCUGCAGACCCUUGGAGAUACGAUUGCGAAUUAACAUCAACUUGGAGCACUCCAAAUAAUAGUACUACUAUUUUCAGAGACAACCUUAAUUCUCUGCUUUCCACUUUGUCCUCAAACGCCAAAAAUCAAAAUGGAUUCUUCAAUUCCACAUCUGGCCACGACACUUCAGACACAGCCUACGGGCUGUUUCUCUGUCGCGGCGAUGUUUCUGCUGAUAUUUGUAAAAAAUGCGUCACGAAUGCUACUAAAGACAUUGUGAAGUGGUGUCCCCUUGAAAAAGAGGCUGUGGUAUGUUAUGAUUAUUGUAUGUUACGCUAUUCGGAUAAGAAUAUAUUUGGUGUAUGGGAUCAGGAUACCGUUAUUGAUAGCUCCGAUGAUAGACAUAACGUCAGUGAACCACAAAGGUUUCACAAGGUAUUGGCGAAUUUGAUGAAUGAAUUGGAAACUCGUGUUGCUAAUGAUGAUCGGAAAGACAAGAAAUUUGCAACCCAAGAAGCCAAUUUCACCCACGGUCAGAAGAUAUAUGCGCUGGCACAGUGCACGCCUGAUAUUUCAAGUGAUAUUUGUAAAGCAUGUUUAUCAGAAGCUAUCUCCUAUUUCCCAACUUCCUGUAAGAAAUCGAAAAGUUGCAGGGUGGUCCUGUUGAAUUGCUUUGUUUGGUAUGAGUUCUUUCUCUUUUACGAUUCGAAAGCCUCUGCGCCGCCUCUGUACCCUCCUCGGAGUUUUGCAAGCACCGAAGAUGAUCGUAGAGGAAAAUGGCCUUUUUCAGCAAGAAAUAGGAUUGUUGUCAUUGCAGUUCCAGUUAUUUCCAUAGUGUUUAUCACUGUGACCGUGUCCUUCAGUUGCUUCAGAAGGAAAGUAAAUGAUAAACAGGGUAGGCCUCAAGAUAUAAAUGAACGUUCUAAUGCCAAACCCUUGCAUUAUAACUUCGGUGCUAUUCAAGAUGCCACAAAUAACUUUUCCUUUGGAAACAGAAUUGGCCGUGGUGGAUUUGGUGACGUGUACAAGGGUAAACUUCCAAAUGGGCAAGAGAUUGCUGUGAAAAGGCUUUCACAAAGCUCAAUUCAAGGAGCAGAGGAGUUUAAGAGUGAGGUUCUACUGGUUGCUAAGCUGCAACAUAGGAACUUAGUGAAACUAUUGGGAUUUUGUCUGCAAGGAGUAGAAAGGAUACUCAUCUAUGAGUUUGUGCCCAACAGAAGCCUCGACUACUAUUUAUUUGAUGCAGAGAGACAAAGGACAUUGAAUUGGGCAGUUCGUUUGAUGAUUAUUAGGGGCAUUGCACGUGGACUACUUUACCUUCAUGAAGAUUGUCCUCUAAAAAUCGUGCAUCGUGAUCUCAAGCCAAACAAUAUACUGUUAGAUGCUGAAAUGAACCCAAGAAUAUCAGAUUUUGGAAUGGCCAGGAUUUUUGGAGCUGAUCAAACUCAAGGUAACACAAAGAGGGUCGCUGGAACAUAUGGUUAUAUGUCCCCGGAAUAUGUAAUGUAUGGCCAAUACUCUAUCAAGUCUGAUGUCUUCAGCUUUGGCGUCCUAACGUUGGAGAUUGUAACUGGAAAGAAAAAUAGUUCCUUCUAUGAAUCAAAUGAAGCCAAUGACCUUCCCAGCUAUGCUUGGAAGCAUUGGAAGGAAAAUACACCUUUAGAGUUGAUUGAUUCAAUUCUAGAAAAAUCUUAUUCAAGAAAUGAACUUCUUAGGUGCAUACAAAUUGGACUUUUGUGUGUACAAAAAGAUGCUCACAGAAGGCCUACAAUGGGCUCAGUUGUUCUAAUGCUUAGUAGUAAUUCAGUAACUUUGCCCAUUCCUCAAAGACCAGCUUUUUUUGCUAGUAGUAAAACGGAGAUCCGGCCCAAAGAGUUCACAUUUGAUGAAUAUUCUUCAAGCAUGUAUAUAGAUGAAGCAUCUGUUACAAAGACAAUGACAAAUGAUAUUUGAUAUAUAGAAGUUUUGUGUUUUAAAUUUAGUGCAAGUAAUUAGUAAAGCAAUUUUGGAAUACUACAAAAUGUGAUCAUUCAAACGAAUGUCUUUGGACAGAAGCAUCAUAUAUAAAAAGCUUUGAGUUUAACUUAUAUACUUUGACAAUGUAAAAAAAAAAAAAAAAAAAAAAAAAAAAAUUAUCAAAAUAUUCAAAAGAAAUCUGCAGAUAAAUUAAAAUGUAUGUGUUAAAUAAGAUGGACCUCAUUCCUAACUUAACCCUAAAGCUAGUUCAUAAGAUGAGUAUUAUUCAAAAUUAUAUAAGGAAACCACUUUCAUAUCCCACAAACGAGUAGG